GCCCAUGGUACCAGUUAUAAACUGACUACAAUCAAAUUAUAUUACUAUUAAUAAUAACAACUCAAUAAUCACAUAAUCAUGUCCAAAAAUAAUACUUUAGUACUUUACUACAAAUUUAAUAAUUCUGUCACACUGACGCGCGACGUUACAACGGUUAUACCUAUUGUUAACAACAAUUUUACAUUUUACGUUCAUUAUGAGUGAAAAAAGAAAAACUUUGUACAAUUAUUUUGAAAAAAGAACGAAAUUUGAUAAUGGGAAUACUAAAGAAGAGAAAAAAUCGUCAGCAGAUUUGGUGGAUUCGGAGAAAAACAAUUUCAAUUUUGAAGAGAAAAAAUCGUCAGCAGAUUUGGUGGAUUCGGAGAAAAACAAUUUCAAUUUUGACUCGAUGAACUACAUAUUGCUACUGUGCUUAGAAUUGUUCAACAACAGUGUUCGUUCAACACAAAAUAUUUUCUACCUUAUAAACUGGUCGAUCACAUCUACACGAAAGAUAACGUUGCCAAACAUUUGAAUAUUGUACACGCAUAACACAUGA